CUCAUCUCUAAUCUUCUCCAAAACAAGACCUCCAUUGUUUUUUGUUUUGUUCUUUUGCAAUUCCAAUGAUCUGUUUCAUCUUGUUUGUUUUCUCUAUUCUUAUUUCCACCUCCACCACCGGAGGAGAAGGAGAAACGGCCGCAUGCAAACCCACCGAAGUCUUCCUGAUCAAUUGCGGCGCUACCUCCAACACCUCCGACAUCACUGGCCGAACUUGGACGAGGGACCAGAAGGAUGAUGGGUUGAAUUCAGACAACGCGUCAUUCCCUUCAAAGGCUUCCAAACUAGAAUGGCCGGUUCAGCAGGUUCCUUACAAGACCGUUCGAAUAUUUCCAUCCAAAUUUACUUACAGUAUUUCAGUCUCUCCCGGCUGGAAAUUUGUCCGGUUGCAUUUUUACCCGACCCGUUACGGAUCCGACCUCGACGCUGCCAAGUCUCUCUUCUCCGUCACUGUGAACGGUUUUAGUCUCCUCAAAAACUUCAGCCCUGGUUUAACAGCAAACGCUUCUAGUAAACCGUUCGUUAUCAAGGAGUUUAUUGUCCCUGUUUUGGGUGAACACAAGACUCUAAACCUCACAUUUAAGCCGUCACCACACAGUCUCGCUUUCAUUAACGGCGUGGAGAUUGUCUCUAUGCCUAACCGGCUUUACACAAAGGGAGGGUUUGAUGACCACAUAACAGAUGUUGGUAGCAACGGUGACUUUGAGAUAGACGAUACGACGGCACUCGAGACCAUUUACCGCGUCAACGUCGCUGGAGAUGAGGUCCCUGAGGUAACCGACCCUGGAAUGUUCCGACAGUGGCCUUCCGAUUCCGAAGUCAUACAAAAAAAGAAAUUUGUUGAUACCGGAAUGUAUAGUAGGAUAGAGGCUUUUGUAUUGGAACGUUUCAAUUAUACUGAGAAAACGCCGGCAUGCGUAGCGCCUGAGGCCGUGUACGGAACCUACCGCUCCAUUGAUAACGUGAAGUACCCUAAGCAAAACCCGGAGUUUAGUUUGACAUGGCUCUUCCCAGUGGAUGCUGGAUUCAACUACCUUGUUAGGCUUCAUUUCUGUGACAGUACAGGGAAGAGAGCAGCCUUGCCGAGGUUCUCCAUCUCCAUCGGCAACAAGAUUGCCAACGCUGAAACCGACGUGAGAAACAUGAGCGGCGACCCUAUGAUUCCAAUGUAUCUAGACUUCAAAACGUUUUUACCCGGCAAAAGUGGAAAGAGACCUAAUCUACGACUUGACUUGCAUCCUCAAAAAAAGGAAAACAUACAGUAUUUCCAGUGUGGUCUGAGUGGUAUAGAGAUUCUCAAGCUUAAUAACUCCAACGGUAAUCUCGGCGGAUCUAAUAUUAAAAGUCCAAUAGCUUUACAUGUUCUGAGGAUAAUCCUCAUAGCCAUUGGUUCCGCAACUGGACUGGCGACUUUCAUCAUUGUCCUAAUGCGUCAAACUAAGAGGAAGAAUAAGAAGGACAAUAAUGUCGUUGUAUUUAAGGUAUUGCUAAAACAGUACACUUAUGCAGAGUUGAAGAAAAUCACGAAAUCAUUUUCACACACUCUUGGGAAAGGAGGAUUUGGAACCGUCUAUGGAGGUAAUCUCUGUAACGGUGUUAAGGUUGCAGUAAAAGUCAUGAAAGAUCUGAAGGGAACUGGUGAAGAUUUCAUGAACGAAAUCCGAAGUAUGAGUCAAACAUCUCAUGUAAACAUUGUUUCUCUGCUUGGUUUCUGCUAUGAAGGUUCAAAAAGAGCAAUUGUAUAUGAGUUUCUGGAGAAUGGGUCUCUCGAUCAAUUCAUCUCUGUUGCAAGUCUUAA